CAGCAAGGGUUUGGAAACAUUGAUGGGGAGCACUGGUUAGGUCUGGAGAACAUCUACUGGCUGACUAACCAGGCCACCUACAAGCUGCUGGUCACUCUGGAGGAUUGGAUCGGACGUAAGACUUACGCAGAGUACGCCAGCUUCAGAAUCGAGUCUGAGGCUGACUUCUACCGGCUGCGAGUGGGACGAUACCAGGGAAACGCUGGAGACUCGCUGACCUGGCACAACGGCAAGCAGUUCACAACACUGGACAAAGACAACGACGCCUACACAGGUAACUGUGCCCACUACCAGAAAGGAGGGUGGUGGUACAACGCCUGCGCUCACUCCAACAUGAACGGCGUGUGGUACCGGGGGGGGCAUUACCGCAGCCGCUACCAGGACGGGAUCUACUGGGCCGAGUUCAGAGGGGCAGCGUACUCUCUGAAGAAAGUGACCAUGAUGAUACGACCCAAUGCAAACACCGUCCAUUAACACACUUUCUCAUUUAGUCUGGGCUCUUAAAGCUAAAUUGCACACAAAAUAACUCACAAGUGAAGUGGCUGGAAUAUCUUUGCUUGAGUUUAAAAUACAAAACUUACAAUAGGAAUCUAAAUAAAGUCAGCAUUGCAUGUUUAAUAGUAACAAAAGGAAUUUAUAUCCAGAGAUCAAACUUGGUAAAACACUGGUAUUUCAGAGUAUUAUUGGUGGCCAUAUUGAGUAUGUAUGUAUAAUAUAUAGGGAUCAACUCUACAGGAAAUAGAUCUGGUUAUUUAUUUCCCCCCCAAACAUUUUAUCAUCAUUUCCUUUGUUGCUUUAUUUCAUCUCAUUUUGGUAGGAUAAAGGUUAAUAAAACAAUGGAUUGAAGGUCUUCUGACCACUGAAUGUCAAAGUGAUCAAAGUCAACUUUUCUAAAUGAACAAGGAAAUACCAGGGACUGUUAAAAAGGUCGAAUCAGCACUGUGUUAGUGCGCGGAUAUAGUAAGCAUCAGGUAUUCUGUGUGUAUAUAUGUGCUGCUUCAUUAAGAUUAUUUUUAUCAUCUGUAUGUUACCAAUCUUGCAAUAAAAUACGCACAACUCUG